AUGAAUCCUUUGUGGUUUUCGAGGCCGCCUAUAAGCCGAAACGCACUUCAAUUGGCAGGAAAAGGGCUUUCUACUAGAGCGUUCUGUCGCUCAUCCUUUUUACCGCAAAAGUCAAUAUUGGCUCGUGCGUGCUUGGGCAAGACAUUGUCAAACAAAUUAAAUGUCCCUUUUAAACUUAGCUCUCUUAAAUCGUUUAAUUAUGGUACCUUAAACAACAGCCGGCUCGUUGCUACGGACGCGCACUUUGAAACGAAUAAGAAAUUCAUUGAGGCCGAUAAUAUUCCUAGUAAAAAAGUCGCUUUUUGGCUUCUUGGAUCUUCAGCAUUAGUACUUGCCAUCGUUAUUGUUGGUGGCAUUACUCGUCUUACGGAGUCAGGAUUAAGUAUUACUGAAUGGAAGCCAGUAAGUGGAGUUAUCCCUCCUUUAACUUCUGAACAAUGGAAUCAAGAGUUUGAGUUAUACAAACAGUCACCGGAAUUUCAGAAGCUGAAUAGCCGAAUGACAGUGGAUGAGUUCAAGCAUAUCUUCUUUUGGGAAUGGUUCCAUAGAGUGUUAGGACGAGGUAUUGGAUUGGUGAUAGCAGUCCCUUCUUUCUACAUGUUGGCUAAAGGAAAAUAUUCACCGUGGUUAAAAAGACGACUCCUUGGAUUGACCGGUUUGGUUGCUUUACAAGGAGUCAUUGGUUGGUGGAUGGUAAAGAGUGGAUUAAGCAAACAAAUGUUUGAAGAUGGCUCUCAUCCACGUGUUAGUCAUUAUCGCUUGGCUACUCACCUGGCUGCUGCAGUAGCUCUCUACAUUGGAUUAAUCUGGACAGGCCAUGGCAUUCUUCAGCGUCAUGCCUUUUUGAAGUCUUUCAAAAAUGGAACAUCUUCAUCAAUCAAUAGUAUGGUUUCUUCUGUAAAAUCCAUGAAGGGCUUAAGAUUGGGUGCUUCCUCACUUGUUGGUCUUACUCUCACUACUUUAUUAUCUGGAGCUCUUGUAGCUGGUUUAGAUGCUGGUAUGAUUUAUUGUACUUUUCCCACUAUGGGUGAAGGUCGUUUGGCACCAGCCAAGGAAGAACUUUUGGAUGUACGCUAUUCUCGUAAGGAAGAUCACUCGGAUUUGUACUGGCGUAAUAUGUUAGAUAAUCCUAGCCUGGUCCAAUUGCAGCAUCGUGCAUUAGCUGUUACUACGUUCUUUACCGCUUGUGGUAUCUUUUUGUACGUUCGCAUGAAGAAGCGGACUUUACCAAAGAAGAUUAGCACCAGUGUUUCAAUUGCUACUGGUGCGCUGACAGCUCAGGCAGGCUUGGGAAUCCUGACUCUUAUCCAUGUUGUUCCAGUUCCUUUGGCUGUUUUGCAUCAAGCUGGUAGUCUCGUUGCUUUGACCGCUGCUUUGUCAUUGCUUCAGCGUUUAUACCCAGAAUUUGCUCUUCGUAAUGUCCGCAGCUGGGUAAAUCCAGUUCCUUCAAUGCCCUCUACUACGAAACCAGUAACAAAUGCUUUGAAUCAAAAAAGAACAUUCCACUCUUUUUCUAUGCUGCGCCACUCAGCUACUCAAAAGCCUGCACCUGGUACGGGCAUUAAAGUUUAUUUUGUGACACCAGAAGGGCGUGAAGUUCUUAUAGAAGGCAAUGAAGGUGAUAGCAUUUUGGACUUGGCACACGGAAACAACAUUGAUUUGGAGGGUGCUUGUGAAGGAUCCGUUGCAUGUUCCACUUGUCAUGUCGUUGUUGACCCUGAACAUUAUGAGCUUUUAGAAGCUCCAGAAGAAGACGAAGAAGAUAUGCUGGAUCUUGCAUUCGGCCUGGAAGAAACCAGUCGACUUGGAUGCCAAGUCAUUUUACGUAAAGAUUUGGAUGGUAUACGAGUCCGCAUUCCAUCUCAAACUAGGAACAUUCGACUUGAAAGAACGAAAUAA